AUGCCGCCUCCGUCGUCGACGCAGCAAAAGGUCCUGGCUGCCCGAUUUGCAGCCCUCACCGGCGCAUCAGAGCGGCAGUCUCUCAAGUUUCUGAAAUCAGCUGGCUACAGUCUUGACGAGGCGGUUGAUGCUUACUACGAUGCAGGAUAUGAUAACAUGGGCCCGUCGCCAAUCGAAAGCAAAUUAGAUGCUUUGUUCAACUCAUUACGAGAUGGUCAAAACGAUGAAAAGGACAAACUAGAAGUCGAUUCCACAAUGAGCUAUCUCGACAGCAAACUCGGGGUAAACCUGGAGAACGCGGAGCUUUUCAUCGCUUUGGAAAUCGUUCAGGCCCCCAACGUCGGCGAGAUUACUCGUAGCGGAUUUGUUGAGGGAUGGAAACAAGCAGGUGCAGGGACUACGAAUGAAGAACACGCGGCCCAUAUCCGCAAACUUUCAACUGCUUUGCCGACACAACCGGCACUCUUUAAAAAGGUCUACCGCUACACCUUUGUAGCAGGGCGCGAGGGUGACCAAAAGGCUCUCAGCCUGGAAAACGCCUUGGUCUAUUGGAGCGUGCUAUUCUCGCCACCGGGAAUGGUGUGGAAGAGCAAAAGGCAUGACUGGCUGGACUUGUGGACGACGUUUCUCAAUGAGACGUGGACUCGUUCAGUCAAUAAAGAUAUGUGGAACAUGACCCUGGAAUUCGCCUCAAAGUCCCUGGCGGACGAAAGCCUGUCGUUUUGGAACGAAGACGGGGCAUGGCCCAGCGUAAUCGACGACUUUGUCGCGUGGUGUCGUGUCAAGGGUAUCGGCAAACCGGAAUCGAUGGACGUGGAUGAGGAACAGUAG